AUGGAGAAGGAUAUAAGAAAUAAUUCUGCAUGGAACCAGAGAUAUUUUGCAAUCUUUCAUAAUCCUACCAAACCUAGUGAAGAAUUUCUGGGGGAGGAAGUUCAAUAUGGGAUAUCCAAAAUUAAGUUGACUCCUAAUAAUAUCAGUCCAUGGAAUUAUGUUAAAGGUGUCAUUGCAAAAUCUAAGUUAAAAAUUGACGUAUUGGAAGAACUCUGUAAAUCACUUUAUCAACAAGAUAUUAUAUCGCCACAUGCACUUGGAUGUCUUGUUGAUAUUUAUGAAGAUCGUGUGAAGUGUGGUUCAAUUAAUGAAAAAGAAUUAGGAAUUCAGGCUUGUGUUCUUUUGGCAGAGCAGCAUGACACUAUUCGCCAGAAGUAUUGGAAUUAUAGAAAACAUGUCCUGGCUUCUAUAGCUUGA